AUGCGGUCAGGCGCUGAACCCCAGGAAACAACACCUGAACCCCAGGAUACAACAGCUGAACCCCAGGAAACAACAACUGAACCCCAGGAAACAACAACUGAACCCCAGGAAACAACAGCUGAACCCCAGGAAACAGCAGCUGAACCCCGGAAGGAUGUGUCCACCGUCCCAGAACCAGAUACAACCCCAGAUCCACCGUUGGACACAACACUGGAACCCCAGGGAACAGGGACUGGAGACUCUGGUCCGGGUUUAACUAGUGACCCAGCAGGGUCUGCAAGCUCAGAUCCAGCCUCCGUACAAACUGUGGAACCUCAGGAAACAGCAGCUGAACCCCAGGAAACAGCAGCUGAACCCCAAGAAACAGCAGCUGAACCCCAGGAAACAACCGAACCCCGGCAGGAUUUGUCCACCGUACCAGUACCAGAUACAAGCUCAGAUGGAACGUGUGGAAAUGCCCCAGGAACCGCUGACUCAGCAUCCACCUGCAAGAAACCUUCCACCGAUCAGUCUCAUGAUGAAGAAGGAGAGUACCAGUGGAUUCAGAUACAGGUGACAGACAACGGGGACAUGACUGAGGAACAAGUGAAGGCAGCUCUCAUUGUGAAGUUGCGGGAGAUGUUUGGUGACCCGAACCCCCACGUCGAGUCGGUGUCGAAAACUCUGGAGGAGGAGUGACGGGGACCGAGCUGUCAACGCCCCCUCCCCUCGUGACCCCGCCCCUCACCCCCUCCCC